GGAACAGGGAUGACGAAAGAGAAGAGGGAUGCAUGCCAAGGUCCCAUGCCAAUGGCGAGGAGGUCGGAGUUCAGACGGGUCGGGAUCCACGUCAAUGUGGAUAAAGUUGACCAUGAUGGGCCUGCUAAUGUGGUGGAUAAAGAUGACGUCAUUGAUAUACCGCCGCUCUUACCCGAUUGGUCAAGUCUGCAAAUGGAUGUGCUUGCCGUCGUCCUGAGCUUCCUUCCUGUUCGGGAAAGGUUCCGUGCGGGAAGCGUGUGCCAGAAAUGGCGCCGCGCGUCGUUAGAUCCUGGCUGUUGGAGAGAAGCGGAUCUGAGAGACACAGAGGAGGUGAACGAGGAGAUCUACGACCAAUUAACGAGGGCCGUCAUUGUGCGCAGCCGAGCUCAUCUAAGGAGUCUCUCCCUCCGAUUUUGCAACGACGGCUUGCUGAAGUACAUCGGCACGCAUUGCCCGCUUCUUGAAAAGAUCAAGAUCGAUGAAAUGGACGUCGAUGAUUGGAACAGACAAUGCCAUAAUAUGAACUACGAUUUCAAGCCGUCGAUCGGUGCGAUCAAACGGUUUGUUCAGGGAUGUCCUCAGCUUCGAUCCCUUCACCUGUUCGUCAUAUAUGAGCGAGAGAAGAAAGAGCUCUCGGAGGUUGUUAGGGUUUUGAUGUCUGGGUUUCCGCACCUAGUCUCUUUAUACCUUGAUGUGUCAUCAGCGUACCUGGACGUGUCGGCAGAGUGUAGCUCGAUUUUUGAAUUGCCCAUUCAUUGGAAGUUUUUCCAGAUUGAUAUUGAUGAUAUAAGAUUCAUGGUAGAUCACAUACCUAAUUUGGAAGUCUUGGGUCUCCGACAUGCCUGUGUGACAGAUGCCGCUCUACAUCUGAUCGGCGAACGGCUGCAGUGCUUGCGAUCUCUGUUCCUACAGUUUUGCAGCGAUGGGACUCGGGAAGGCAUAAGAUCACUGAAGGCAGCGCGGAAGGAUCUUAACGUCACUGUGAAGAACCGUGUUAAGAACGGCACGACUCCAAUAAAUCCGCGGUAAGUGCGGGGUACAUUCAUCGAACUUUCACGGAGUUUUCGUGGUUGGCAUCAGUUGUUAAGAACGGCACGACUCCAGUAAAUCCGCGGUAGGUGC